AUGCGGGAGCGGUUCCCGAGGCACCAAGAUGGGACGGUCACCACCACGUGCUCCGGCUCCAUCGACACGGCCACCAACACCAGCUCCAACACCUACACCGAUCCGAACUACACCGAUCCGAACGCCGACCCCAGCUUCUACACCCACACCGACCCAUGCUCCAACUCGUGCACCGACCCUUACUCCAACCCCAGCUCCAAUGCCAUCGCGGAUCCCUGCUCCAACACCAGCACCGACCCGUGCUCUGACUCCAGCUCCUACGCCCUCGCCGAUUGGUGCUCCGACUUCUACACCGACACGUGCUCCUACGCCUUCGCCGACCCGUACUCCGACGCCUACACCGACCCGUGCUCCUGCACCCUCGCCGACCCGUUCUCCGACUCCUGCACCGACACGUGCUCUGGCCCGUGCUCCUGCACCCUCGCCGACCCGUGCUCCAACUCCUGCACCAACACGUGCUCCGACUCCUGCUCCGGCACCCUCGCCGACCCGUGCUUUGACUCCUACACCGACGCGUGCUCCGACCCGUGCUCCUACACCCUCGCCGAUCCGUGCUCCGACUUUUACACCGACGCGUUUCUACACAACAGAAAGUUACAGCUACAAAAAAGAAAAUCCAAGUAUAAAUGA